AUGAUCUUAUUAUUCUAUAUAACACCAUGCGAGCGAUUAUCUAUCUAUCUAUCUAUCUAUCUAUCUAUCUAUCUAUCUAUCUAUCUAUCUAUCUAUCUCAAUCUCUUCCACUCUCGCUCUCUUUCUCUCUAUCUCUCCUUUCUUUCAUUUUUUUCUUGUUUCCAUUUUAAUAUAUCAUUCUUUAUUUUCUCUCUAUGCUUUAUUUCUUUUUUAAAUAUUCCCACCCUUUCUAUCUUUCUUUUCUUUUAUCUUUUUUCUUAUUCGUUAUUAAUUCCUAUUCUUUUUUCUUUCUAUCAUUCUUCUACACCAUUCUUUAUCUUUUGCGUUCACUUACAUUUCUUUCUCUUUUACUUUCUUUUUCCUUUCUUUCUUUGUUUAUUCUUUAUUUAUUUCUCUUUUUCUUUCUUUCUAUGUUUCUUUAUUUCUUUAUUUAUUCUUUAUUUAUUUCUCGUUUUCUUUCUUUCUUUUUUCUUUCUUUUUCCUUUCUUUCUUUCUUUCUUUCUUUAUUUUUCUUUCUUUUUUCUUUUACUUUCUAUAUUUUUUUCCAUCUUUUUGCUUUCUUUCUCUUUUUCUUUUUCUUUCUUUCUAUCUUUCUUUCUUUUUUCUUUCUUUCUAUUUCUUACUCUUUCUUUCUUUCUCUUUCUCACUAUCUCUAUAUUUCUUUACCCUUUCUCGCUACCUCUCUCUUUUUCAUUAUCUCUCUUUACAUUUCUUAUUUUCUUUCUCUUUCUUGCUGUCUCUCUUUAUUUUUCUUACCCUUCUUUCUUUCUUUCUUUCUUUCUUUCUUUCUUUCUUUCUUUCUUUCUUUCUUUCUCUUUCUCACUAUCUCUAUAUUUCUUUACUCCUUCUCUCUCUACCUCUUUAUUUCUCACUAUCUCUCUUUACAUUUCUUUCUCUCUCUUUCUCUCUCUUCGACAGCCCUCUUUAAUUCCUAUCUAUCUAUCUAUCUAUCUAUCUCUUUUUUUAGGUUUCUGUCUAUCUCAGACAUUUUUAAGUAUCUUUCUCUCUUCUCUAUCUAUCGAUCGACCUAUCAGAGAAUUUUGUGUAGCUUUCUCUUUUUUACUCUCUAUCUCGGGAUUUUUUAGGUUGCAUAUAUGUUUCUUUUCUCCUUCUUUCUGUCUUUUUUAUGUAUGUAUGUAUGGAUCUAUGGAUCUAUCUAUCUAUCUAUCUAUCUAUCUAUCUAUCUAUCUAUCUAUCUAUCUAUCAUUAGCAGUUCAUAUGUAUCUGUUUUUAAAAAAAAGUCUUUCUCUCUCCCACUUUCUCUCCUCUCCCCCCUCUCUCUCUUUCUCUCUCCCACUUUCUCCCCUCUCCUCUCUCUCUCUUUCUCUCUCUGAGCGAAAAGAUUUCCUCUGUCUCUGGUCUGCUUCCUCCUCUCUUUUUUCUUUUUUUUUCACCCUUCUUUUUUACUCACUUCCUUUCUGUAUCUUUCUCGUUUCACUUCCACGUGUCUAUCUUUAUCCUCUCUUACUGAAAUCUCAUUCAUUUCUCUUUCUCCCUCUCUCUCUCUCGUCAUCUCUCUCACUUGCUCUAUCUAACUCACUCACUAUCACUCCACUCUCUCAUACUCACUCACACGCUCGCACUCUCUCUCAAUCUCUCCCACUCUCAGUUUCUCUCUCUCAUUCACUCUCACUCUCUCUGCUAUUCUCACGCCCAGUCCUCCUCUCUCGCUCUUACACACAUUCACUCACUCUGAUUCACUCUCAUUCUCUAUCACUAUCCCUCUUACAAUCAGUCUCUCUCUAUCUUUCACUCAGUCUCUCUCACUCCCACACUAUCUCACUCUCACACUCAGCAUUUCUCUCUCACAAACCCCUUUUGUCACACACUCUCUCUCACUCUAUCUCAUUCACUGAAUCUCUAUUGCUCACUCUCACUCUCAUCCCCAGUUUCUCUCUCACUCACUCACUCACUCACGCUCACUCACUGUCCUCACUCUUACCUUAA